AUGGUAGCAAAGGAUAUACUAGUACUGCCCUUUUUGCUCGUUCUUUGUUGCAUGGUCUCACUAAGUUGGUCAACAAAUAUCGAAGAAGAAACAUCGGAGGGCUUUUACGAAGAAACUGUAGUAUUGAAAACGAAAAUUGGCUCAUUACGCGGUCAUAAAGAGGUGGUUGAUUUCAAAACUUCGUAUUACGCAUUCAAGGGUAUCAGAUAUGCUAAAGCGCCAUCAGGUGCAAAACGUUUUCAGCCACCGGAAGCAGAGGAACCUUGGACGGGUAUUCGCAACGCUCUACAAGACGGUCACCUUUGUCCUCAGUUCAGCAUUCAAACAGGCCAACCAAUCGGUGAUGAAGACUGUCUCACACUCAACGUUUACACACCUUCAAUACGAAGUUCAAAGGCGGUGAUGGUGUUUUUGCACGGCGGUGCUUUCGUGAUGGGAGGUGGUUCGUCAUACUUUUUUGGUCCAAAGCUUUUGAUGGAGCAAGACAUCGUAUUAGUUACUGUUCAGUAUCGUCUCGGAGCUCUAGGUUUUUUGAGUACCGCGGAUCAUCGAGCCCCAGGUAAUUGGGCUUUGCUGGAUCAACUAGCCGCUCUGCGUUGGAUCAAGGAUCAUAUUUCGGCAUUUGGGGGUGAUUCCAACUCGGUAACACUCUUUGGAGAAGACAGCGGAGCAGCUUCAGCAACAUUCCUGGGUAUGUCGCCUCUUGCUGAAGGACUCUUUCAUCGCAUCAUUGCGUUGUCGGGCAACGCUAUGUGCGGUCAAUAUAUUCAACAAAAACCGAAGGAAGCUGCUGCCGAACUUGCCCGACGGUUAGAUUGCGAUGAAAUGGGAGUUCCAGAGAUGAUGGAUUGUUUGCGUAGUGCACCUGUUGAUGAACUUGUUGUUAAAUCCAACGAUAUGUAUAUAUUUUACAGCUUUCCCCGUUGGUUUGCUCCUGUCGUCGACGGUUACGUUAUUCCAGCCGAUCCAGAAGAAAUGCUUAUUAAAGGUUCUUUUCACCAUUUGCCAACUUUAACUGGUCAAACAAAAGACGAAGGGGCCUUCUUUUAUCGACUGACUCUAAAUACCAUAAGCAGUGGCCGUUACGACGACAGCUUCAUCGAUCAGCUUCCUCGUCUUUUACCAAUUAUGUCUGAACUGGAUCGGAGACUGCUUCCAUUGUCGAAAGCUAUCCGGCGCAAGUAUUUCCGCAACGUUGAUCUCGAUGAAGAGGAUCAAUUCAGACCAAAAUACAUCGAAUUUUUGACGGAUUUACUCUACACUCGCUGCACUGAUCGAUAUUCACGUCUAUUGGCAAACCAUAGCGUGCUGACUUAUCGUUACCUUUUUGAAUAUCGUGGACAGCAUAGCGUUGUUAAUCUGCAGGGUGAAAUCGCCGAUUUCGGUGUGGCUCAGGGAGACGAUCUUCAGUACGUCUUUAGUGAUUUGUGGGGCAAAGAUUCACCUAUGUCAGCCGAAGAUCUCAAAUUUAGCAAGAAUGUCUUUCUUCCGUUGUUGGCUAAUUUUGCCAAAACUAGUGUUCCUACUCCAAGCAUCACUGAAUUCAUACCGACAGCUUGGGCUCCAUUCAGCACAAAAGGACGACUUUUUCGUAUCGGCUCAAAGCUAACAGUUGAUGUUGAUUACCGAGCUGAUGCUACACGGUUUUGGAAUGAUGAAAUACCUGCCAUACUGAAAUCAGCAAAAAACAUCGUUGCAGAUGCAAGCCCAACUGCUAGAAUAAGCAAAGAGGAACUGUAAUUUUCUAUUGUCAUGGAAAGAAAACAAUCUUAUGAAUAAAACACCUGUUUUGUUUGGAGUCAGUACACCAUGCAUUU